UGUUGGCUUAUAUAUAAUUAUAUAUUACACUUAGGUGGUUAGUCUUGCCUGCAAAGAAGAAACUUAUGGGUUUAUUUUCUGUUGAAAUGGCUUAAUUUUCAAUCAAGCCAGUACAUUAGUAUUCUCGUGAUAAGCUUAACUAUCUACAAUAUUAACUAAAUUAACAGGAUAGACUGAUCAAAAUGUGGCGAUCAACACUAACACUAUUAAGAAAAAUUGUGGUUCCGUCGCUGAAAGAGAAUUUGCAGCAAUCCAAAACAUUAUUUUCCACUAAGUCACGGCCUAGAUCGACGGUGAGGUUAACACUCAUCAGUGCCGGGAUAGGAGUUCUUGUUGGAGCUGGCUAUGGAGGUUAUACACAUUACAAAAUAAACGCGAAAAAACGUACACUUCCUCAAGAAAACGAAGAAUAUGCAUUUUUAAAGCAAGCACCCAAGUACACACCGCAGUAUUGUGUUAUAAAUGAUUCAGAUACUAGUAAUCUUAGCUUAGUUCUGUUCCAAUACAGAACCUGUCCAUUUUGCUGUAAAGUCCGUGCCUAUCUUGAUGCCCGUGGUAUCAGUUAUGAGGUAGUUGAAGUUGAUGCUGUACUUCGUCAAGCAAUCAAGUGGUCUGGUUAUAAAAAAGUGCCUAUUGUCCUCGCUAAAGUGGAUGGAGGGUACCAGCAAUUACUUGAUAGUACAGCAAUAAUAUCUAUCCUUGAAACAUAUUUAUUAGACAAAAAAUCUCAAUUAACUGAAAUCAUAAAAUUUUAUCCUGUAUCUCAAUUUGUUAAUGAUGCAGGGAAGAACAUAACAGAAAUUACCAAUAAAUAUUUCAUAAUGCAUAAUUCUCCAUUAAGUAAUGACAACGAGAAGUCUGCAGAAUUAGAAGAACGGAAAUGGCGCCAAUGGGCUGACACUGUUCUGGUGCACACAUUAUCACCAAAUGUUUAUCGGACACCGGGUGAAGCUUUAGAAACAUUCAAAUGGUUUGAACAAGCGGGGCGCUGGAAAGAAUCGUUCCCGGGCUGGGAAUGUGCACUCAUGGUUUAUGUCGGAGCUGCAGCUAUGUGGAUGAUUGCCAAACGACUUAAGAAAAGACACAAUAUUAGUGAUGAUGUCCGUCAGUCUCUUUAUGAUGCAGCAAAUGAAUGGACUAUCGCAGUAAACAAAAAAGGAAAACGAUUUUUUGGCGGGGAUGCCCCUAAUUUAGCAGAUAUCACUGUGUACGGAGUGUUAAGUAGCAUUGAAGGUUGCAUGGCAUUCAAAGAUUUAAGAAACAAUACUCAAAUCGCGAAGUGGUAUGAUGAUGUUAAAAACGCAAUAGAGAGCAGGAUGGGUAAAGUAGAAAUGGCUCACGCAUAAUCCAUUUCAUUGAUAUUCAUGUGCCUUAUACUUUUUAUUAAAUAUUUACACACAGGGUGGGAAUAAUGGUAUUGCCCUCGGGGGUGGUAACGCUUACUCGUGCUCUUUUAGAAACGAUCAGAAGCACUGUUGAAACUAAAAUGCAUAAAAUUAUGAUAUCGAAAAUAAACGUCUUUUGUGUGUGACUAGUUUGGCAUGGUACCCUUUAAGGUGAUAACGUCGGUCCCACUCUGUCGAAUUCGUUGUGUUAUUUAAUAUUCUACAGUAUUGUUGCUUCACUAAGAUUACGAGAUACUGUUAUGUCAAAAGUUAUUCAUUUUCAUUUAUAGUUAGAUUCAUUAAAUGCGAAUAGAUUGUAAUAAAAUGUACGAGCUCAUAAAAAAAAUCUGUUUACCACCAUUGGUUACUCGACUUUUUAGUCUAUCUUGUAAUCUUUUAUAAUGAUGAUCUUCACUAAAGUGGCGGGAACUUGUUGGGACAUCAAUAAGCUUAGAACCACAGAAGUCAUGUUCAGUCAUUUAGUUCUUUUUCUUCACACUUGGUAGUUUCUGAUUAUUGUGGUUAAUAAUCUAUAACUAUUAUAUCACUUUUGUCGAAGAAGCAUUAAAUUAAAAAUAAAACAGUACAAAAUCAUUCACCACGUUUCUUUUCACAUUUGUAAUUCAUUAAAAUUGUAUAAUUUCAAUAAAAAAA